AACAGAACAAAUCUAAUCUAACCUUCCAACACCACGCACUUUUAAAAAACCACCUGAUUAACGGUCAUUAUCAGAAAUGAAAUACUGCUAGCAGCCAGAAAUGGCAGCGAGCGAGAACUCUAGUGUUCCUGCCGCUGCAUCAAGAUUGAAGAGAGAAGACUACAAGCGUACGAAACACGAUACUCACUUCUCCAAAUGGCAGAUUCUAGUUGGGCCUUGUGAUUGGGAAGAUUAUUCUCAAGGGAAAGAAGGAGCAACAAGAUACAGGGUUCACAAUCUUCCUACGAGAUCAUAUCCUGGUUUAUAUGAGCUUGGUAUAGCAGUUUCUCGAUCUGGGUUAGGGCGUGAAGUUGGCAAGAUUGACCCAGAUGACAUAGCGGUGGUUUAUCUUGGACAAGCUGACAACGUCAGGAGCAGGCUCCAGCAUUAUGGUCGUUCAGGUUCUCAUUUGGGCGCUAGCUAUGCCACUAGUCACUGGAAUGACUCUAAAAUUGAGUCUCCUCAAAAAGGACCUGGUUUGUUUGAGGAGAUAUUCUUAAGAGGUCACUCCAUUGCGUUUAGAUGGGCUCCUAUGAAAGAUAAGAGGAAGGCUGAGGAAACAGAAGCUCAGUUGCUCGACACUUUUGACUAUGCGUGGAAUAGAGGCAGUAAUGGUGCACGUCGUCCCAAUGAUAUCCUUCAAAAACUGAGUAAAAUUGCUUCAAGUACUAACAGUUUUUCAAGUAUUUCCAAAAGGCUUCUGUUUAUACGUCCGAGUCGAGUGGGUGUUAAAAUUGAAUCAAGCAAGCCACUUUCACCAGAAAAAUUUAAUUUUCCUCCUGAUGAGGAAGGCAAGAGUUUCCUCCAUGGUAUUUUCAAAUUCAGCAGAUCACUGCCUAGAUUAGUUUCAGACAAAUAUGGCACUGAUGAUCAGGACUUCAUUCCAAUAUGUGGAAUCAUCAUGAGUGAUGCUAUAAUUUGUAAAAAGCCACCAGUUCCUGGGAAAAAGAGGUGCGAAGUACAUAAAGGAAUGAGAAAUUAUGCUUGUAAUCCAAAGCCCAUUGCAGAAGGAAACUCACAUUAUGCACCUGAUCUGCAUCUGGAUUCCAGCUCUAAUGAUGACCAGGGCAAGAAUGCUACAUGUGGAGUCAAUUUAGGUGAUGGAAAUUUCUGCAGAAUGGAAGUAGUGCCAGGAAGGAAAAGAUGUGAAGAACAUAAAGGGAUGAGGAUUAACAGCUGUGCCUCUAAGCCAAUAGCAGAAGAAAAAUGCCAUAUCCCUUCCAUCAGUUCGGUAUUUACUAGUUUGGGCCCUUGCACAAUCCAUAAUACAUCAACUUCUAAUGAAAGUUCAGUUGAUGAACAUUUAUCCACUGUUUGUGGAGCAACUUUGGGGAAUGGUUCAGUCUGCAGCAGGCAACCCGUUGGAGGAAAUAAGCGAUGUUGGCAGCACAAAGGCAAGAGGGUUCAAAGUAACUCUAAAACCAGUAGGUCCUUGUCAGGUUUUGACUCACUAACAUGUGGAGUUGCCUUACAAAGUGGCUCAGUCUGCAUGAGAGCUCCAGUUCAAGGAAGAAAGAGAUGCGAGCAGCACAAGGGAAUGAGAGUCUCCACAUCCUCCUGAGGCUGAUAUUGACCGUUAACAUCAGGAAAAUUAGAGUAGAUUGAUCAUUGAUUGUUGUAAUGGAAAAGCCUGCUAACCUUUUAAAAAUUGUGUGUAGCUGGCGUUCCCUAAGAAACUAGGGGCGCAUAUGAUUAUAUAUCACUAAGUUAUAUUGUGCAAGAAUUGCAGGACUGGCUUUGUUGAAUAUAUUUUCCUUUCCCUUCUUAUGCA